AUGCGUUCCACAACACCACCACUUUACUACAAACGUCCAGAAGCUGCCCCUGUACCUUAUUAUAUUGCUGGUAGCACAAGAGAUAUUCCACCAUCUUUGCGUGUUCCACAACCAACAACAGGAGCAGCAACAGCAACAACAACAAGCCGAUGGAGCAAUGCGAUGCCAGCUGGUAACCCCCGCGUUGGAUCUGUCGAUCAAUCAACAUAUGGACCACCACCAACACAACAACAACAACAACAACAACAGUGCUCUUCUAAUACAUUUAUCCCAGUGCCUUCAGUGGCCAACCCAUUUGGUAUCCCCAAUACAUCUCCAAGAAACUCUCUGGUGGGGGAGAAUCCAUCAGAAUUACUGCAGCAGAGCGCUGUCCGUUGGAGCACCACAGCGAAUCAAAGUGCCCAAGCAUUGUCAUCAUUGGAGACUGAAGAGGCAACACUUUUGCUAGAAGAGCAAACCAUGCGGGCAAAACUUGCAGAACUUCAGUUAACACGUCAACGACAGAGUGAAGAACAGCUAAAUCUCAGUCAAGGAUGGGCAACAAUGCUUGAUCGGGAGGAACGCUAUUUCAUGGAGCCACCUUUGGAUCUCUCAGAAGAAAUCUGGGCAAGAGAACAGCAGUGUGCCCUCCUUCAGCAAGAACUCCAACAAGCCGAAACACAACUUGAGGAGCUGCGUCAAGAGCAUGAAGAAUAUAAUGCGGUUAUGCAAGAGAAACAGGAGCUGGAGAAGGAAAUGCAGCGUCUUCGAGAAAGUUUUAUGGCAAUUGAGGAGCGACGAAAGGCAUGUAGAUCACUGGCAGAACGCUGCUUUGAUGCAGAAUCUAAACGAGCUGUGGUUGGGGCACGCUAUGUACGGGAGUUAGAGACACAAUUAAAGGAAAUGACAUCUAGUGGCCCUCUAGCGGAAACCCAGAAUGUACCUCCGUCACGAUCCACAUCGCGUGGUGUUACCUUUGCACAAAAAAGUAUCAUUCUUGACUUGGGUCCACAAUCCGGAAAAGACUAUGGCGGCCGUAAGGUUGAUACAGAUGAAAAUGAUAAUGAUAAUAAUACUGAAGGUGGAGAGGCAGGACUCACUCAGGGUAUUGGUGGAACAUCCGUUUGUCUCCAGGAUGAUGAAGAUGAUGAUGAUGAUAAUGAUUACGCUCUUGGAGGUGGAAUCGGUGGACAGAGUGCUGCGUACUCACUCAGCCUCCUCAAACGUACACGGGUUGAGGUACCAACUGCAUGA